AUAUCAUUCCGCACCGAGCCAACCCAUGUGCAAAAUAGUCAAACCGGUGAAUGGUAAAAUCCCAGCUCGGAUGCCAAACUGUGAUAGAGGGGGCAAGUUGUCGAUUUUCCGGGGCCAUUUUGUUGACUUAUUUCAGAAUUCGGGCCUAAACUUGGCAUCGGAAUUCAUUGAUUUACUGCAGACUCGGAAUCGGCAUCACUAUCUGUAUUGAUUUCACGUAUUCUAGAAGUUUAAGCAGCAAUGGCUGACACAAACCACCUCGCAAAGAUUCUAGAAAAGACAGUAUCCCCAGAUACUGCUGAGUUGGAAGGAGCUCAAAAGUUCUUGGAACAAGCUGCUCUAGAAAAUUUGCCUGCGUUCCUUCUGGAGUUGUCCCGUGUUCUGUCAGAUCCUGGAAACACUCAAGUGGUCCGGAUUGCAGCUGGCUUGCAACUUAAAAACUAUCUGACUUCAAAGGAUGCCACGAUCCGUCUGCAAUGUCAAAAAAGAUGGAUCCAGGUAUCCGCGGAUGUCAAGCAAAGCAUCAAAAACUUAGUGAUGAAGACCCUUGGAACAGAGGCACCAGGACAUAGCACGGCUGCACAGUGUAUAGCCUGUAUUGCAUGUGCAGAACUUCCACAGGGCCAUUGGCCUGAGCUCAUUGAAAGUCUUGUUGCAAACGUUACAAGUGCCAACAGCACUGAGUCUCUUAAGGAAUCUACUCUAGAAGCAAUUGGUUAUAUUUGCCAAGACAUUGAACCACACCAUUUGGCUGGUAAUUCUAACGAAAUAUUGACAGCAAUCAUGCAAGGAAUGAGAAAGGAAGAACUUAGUAUUCCUGUGAAAUUAGCUGCGACUACGGCCUUGCUGAACUCGCUUGAAUUCACAAAAGCCAACUUUGACACAACCAAUGAAAGGCACUACAUAAUGGCACAGGUGUGUGAAGCAACCCAGUGUUUAGAUACACGUGUCAAGGUGGCAGCCUUGCAGUGUCUUGUUAAGAUCCUAUCACUUUAUUAUAAAUACAUGGAGGACUACAUGAAAGCAGCACUCUUUGCUAUUACUAUUGAGGCAAUGAAAAGUGAUGUUGAUGAUAUAGCACUACAAGGUAUAGAAUUUUGGUCAAAUGUCUGCGAUGAAGAAAUGGAUUUAGCUAUUGAAGCAACAGAGGCAAUGGAACAGUCAAGGAGACCAGAAAACUACAGUAGAUUUUAUGCCAAGGGUGCCCUGGAAUUCUUGGUCCCUAUUCUUAUGAAGAUGCUCACAAAGCAGGAUGAGAAUGAUGAUGAAGAUGAUUGGAAUCCUUGUAAGUCAGCUGGUGUUUGUAUGAUGCUACUCGCUAACUGUUGUGAAAAUGAUGUUGUACAACAUGUUAUGCCUUUUGUUGAGAGCAACAUUAAAAAUCCUGAUUGGCGGUACAGGGAUGCUUCAGUCAUGGCAUUUGGGUCAAUAUUGGAAGGUCCUGAUCCUAAUCAACUGAAAGCAAUUGUAAUCCAAGCUAUGCCGUUCCUGAUUGAGUUGAUGGGAGAUCCAAGUGUGAUUGUCAGAGACACAGUUGCUUGGACAAUAGGAAGAGUUUGUGAACUCUUACCAGAAGCAGUAGUAAAUCAAAUUUAUUUUGGUCAACUCCUAGAAGUCCUUUUGAAAGGACUAGAGGCAGAGCCCAGGGUGGCAGCCAACGUCUGUUGGGCCUUCUCGAGUCUUGCUGAGGCAGCAUAUGAGCAGGCCAGCAUGGCAGUAGAGGAGGACGAAGAACCAGAAACGUAUCCGCUUUCUAGCAACUUCAGUCUUAUUGUAGGCAAGCUUCUUCAAACUACAAAUAGAGAGGAUGCACAUCAAGCUAACUUAAGAAAUGCUGCAUAUGAAGCGCUAAUGGAAAUGGUAAAGAACAGUGCAAAGGAUUGUUACAAGGCUGUACAGGAUACCACAAUUGUUAUAAUGGAAAGGAUUCGGCAGAUUCUUACUAUGGAGUCUCACGUUCAGACAGCUACCGAUAGAAUGCAAUACCACGACCUGCAGUCGUUACUCUGUGCUACAUUGCAGAGUGUACUUAGAAAAUUCCAACCAGACGAUGCCAAGAUGAUCGCCGAUCCUGUUAUGAACUCCCUUAUUCAUAUGCUAGAAAGUACGAGUGGUAAAUCAGGGGGUGUUCAAGAGGAUGCACUACUUGCUGUUGGCACUCUAAUAGAAGUCUUGAAUGUUGAAUUCAACAAGUACAUGGAUACAUUUGUUGUGCACCUGAUGAGGAGUUUGGCAAAUACAGCGGAGUAUCAGGUGUGUCUUGCGGCAGUUGGCUUGGUUGGUGACAUCUGCAGGGCCCUCAACGCUCAGAUUCUGCCAAUCUGUGAUGAAAUAAUGAAACUACUACUAGAUAAUUUAUCAGAUAAGUCUGUUCAUCGAAGCAUCAAACCUCAGAUUCUAUCAGUAUUUGGUGAUAUUGCUCUUGCUAUCGGUAGUCAGUUCCAGAAAUACCUCCAAAUUGUCCUUAGUGCAUUGCACCAGGCUUCUCAAGCUCAGGUUGAUAAGACCGAUUAUGACAUGGUGGAAUACCUCAAUGAGCUACGAGAGGGAUGCUUGGAGGCUUAUACUGGGAUUGUUCAAGGACUUAAGGGAGAAGAAAAUGAUGAGCAAAGCAAAGCAAGACUUGAUAAUGUGUGGCCGCAUGUUGAGCAUAUGGUGAAUUUUGUUGAAUAUAUAGCCAAGGAUGAGGAUCAUACCGACAGUAACACAGCAUGCUGUGCAGGCCUCAUUGGUGAUUUGUGCAGUGCCUUUGGGCCCAACAUGCUCCAGUAUUUAGAGACCAAGCAAGACAUACAUGAAUUACUCCAAGAAGGCCGCCGUUCAAAAACAAGCAAAACAAAGAUGCUAGCUACAUGGGCUACCAAGGAACUAAGAAAACUAAAACAAAUAUAAAUUUGAGCUGAAGAAGACCUACAGAUGGCAGUAGUACAUAGCUACUCCCACACAGCUCCGACAAGUGUGUGAGCUCAGUGGUGAGAAUGAGUGAGCGUGACAGUACUGACAGCUCCGUGUUCACAGUGGUCCAAAUGCUGGCUAACAAUCACCAGGACCUAUUCCUCAGGUUAACAUGGGCAUUUCUGGUGCCUCGAAUCAAAAUUUCAGAGAUUGUAUGCCUGCUCUAUAAGAUAGGUAGAUGGCCUUCCCAGAAUUCAUGUGUAAUCUUCCCAUGAAGCUUUGCAGUGGUGAUAUAUGGUUAUUUUAAUCAAAUAUUCUGCCACAUAAUAAGCAUAUACUAUUCCAGGGAAAAAUCUGUCAAAUCUGUGUAUUACAGUUCCUACUUUUGUACAAAUGCUAUCUAAUUAUUCAACAUAGUGCAGGUUAUAUAGUCAAAAUAGUACACAAUUUUUUUAUUGACCUUAAAUGUCAGUAGGAGUAUUUCAAGCAGUGGUUUUAUAUACAAAUAUGCUGAUUACAGAGAUAUUUGGAAACGAUAUACAAAUUUGUAGUGAACAUAAAUUCUAUGAAAUUGUGUUAAUGAGAAGGAGUUUCCCCCUGUCAUUUGAUUGUUUGAUUGAUCGAUUGAUUGACUGAUGAGUACUUCCUGUUGAAUUGUCCUGGUUGUUAAAAGGAUUCCAUUGGAAGUUGGACACGGACUAUCAAGAAAGUUGUCGGUGAACGCGAUUUUGAUGAAACUGUGAGAGUUGAUGAUAAUGGUGAUGUUCGGUGAAAAGUCGCUACAAAAAUGUAAACUCAAACAAGCAGACACUAUCGUAUAUAUAUAUGUGUAAAGCCAGCUGUUUUCUACCUUAAAUCUGCGUAUCAUUAUAAUGUCUAUCAGCCUAAAUCAUUUCAAAACAGAGUAAUGUUGGUAAUUAUAGUGUGUCGUCUUUGCAAAUCAAAAACAAUUUGUUUGCAAAUCAAAACAAUUUAUUGUUGGUUGUUCAGUUACACAGUGAUUUUUUGUUAUUAUUUUUUUUUUUAUCCAACUUCAUUCAUUGUCAAUAUGAAGUGUAAGCUUACCCCAGGAUGUGUAAGAAUAUUUAUUAUCUUCUUGGUACAAGUCUACAUUUUAUUUGAGUCAAGCAAUCAUUAGGCAUAAAUUCCAAAUUAUAUUGUGGCUGUGAUUAUUCAGUGUUGACUCAAAUUCACACAAGAGCCAGCAAUAACAAUCCAUUUUUACAGACACUAAUUGCCUGUUUUGUAUUUUUGUAUUCAAGCAAAGAUUUUGAAAAAAUUUAGGAGGAUUAUACAAGUGUUAGUUCAUUAACAUAAAUGAUUGGAUGAUUAUUUUUAGUAGCAUACCAGCUCAAAAACAGUCUACCAGAGAUCUAUAUAAUAUUAUAAUAUUAUAUAAUUAUAUUAAUAUUAUAUUAACAUUAUAUUAACUAUAAUGAUAUAUAAAUGAGCAACUGUUAGGUCUUAAUGCUGCUGUGUUGGGUAUAUCUCUUCAUUGAUUGAUUUUUCUCACACAAAUACCAUUUUAAUGGAUUCCAUUUUGUUACUGGUAGAGUUAUAUUCCUAUGUAAGAUAUUUGAAUACAGGGAGUAAUUGAAUAAUUAAUGAGAUCAAAUACAAAUGCAUUAUUUACAUAAUCCAUAAUAUUCUAUUAUUUUUACAGUGAGAACUGAAAGUUAAUUGGUGUAAUUUUUGCCCAUUUUGUGUACUUAUUGAUAUAGCCCAUAAUGUUUAUUGAUUCAGGUUAUUUAAUUAUUGUAAUUGUCAUAACUGACUUGUCAGUUUUGUACGUGUGUAAAUUUAUUUAUGGGUUAUUGCAACAAACGUUUACAUGAUUUAAAUUAAGUGUACCCACUGUCUGAAUACAUGGCCGUCUUUAUAAAGGAAACAAUUGAAAUUGUGGAGCAAGUUACUGUCUUUUGUGUAACUUACAUUUUUUGUUACAUACAUAAAAGGUUUUAUAAGUUUUUGGUUUACCUGUGUACAAAAACUGAUCAAUGUUACUAAUUCCAAAAAAUAAUCAUCACAUAUAUUUUUUUUUUUUUCAAAUAAAAUGUUUGUGUGCCCAAAUUUUUGACAUUAGAAAUGGCAAUUUUGCAGAAGAAUAAAGGUAAUGCUGGAUUUUGAAUGCAUUUUUCUCUAAUAUUCUUUACACUAAUAACCUCAAUGAUAUAAAUAAAGCAAUUGUGAGGGCCAUCACAAAUUUUCAUGACGAUAAAUUUAAAUUGUUUUGUUUUUACAGUAAUUUGUUUUCAUACUUGUAAACCACCUACCAAAAACAAAAAAAAGGAUCAUGUAAAUUGUAUAAGAUAUAUAAAUGUGUGAAUGUUGGUGUGUACUCUAGAGCACUUUAAGUUGCAAAAUACCUGAAGAAAUUAUAAUAAAUUCUGAUUUUAGUCCUGUUUUCAGAUGAAUCUCGUUUCUUUGUUAUGUUCCAAAAAAUUGGAUGUUAAUCAGUUUAUGUUUUGAAUAUUAUUUUUCGACAUUGAAACACUGUUUAAUGAAAUAAAGGCAUGUGGUCUGCUGCUGCCAUUCACUUA